UUGUUAUUGUUAUUGUUAGCUUUGGUCCUACACAGCCAAACAGAGAGAAGAAGCACUAUUAGAAGAAGAAGUAGAUCAAAGACUUAGUCCUAACCUUAGAUUAAUCAUAAGAGAGCAUGCGAGAGACUUGAAGAUUAUCAUCAUCAACAAUGGGUUCUACUUUUUUCUCAAUCACGUGACUUUGCAACUUUCUCUUCUCUCCCUCUAUCUCUCCGUCGUGUCCAUGGCGGUGGAUGUUGAAUCCGUGCUUCAGUUUCUCCGACGUAACGGCUUAACGGAGGCUGAGUCUGCUCUCAGAGACGAUAUCAACGAGAAAAACCAACUCGCUUCUUUCGACUUCGAGAAGUUCCUGUUCCCGAUUCCUCCGCCGAUCAGAACCACCGUCGAAGUUCCCGUCGAUAACGGGUCGAAGUCAUCUUCUUCCGACGACGACGAGUUUGUCAGCUUGGACUCUUCCACUUCCGGCUUCUGUUCUUCUUCCGGUUUUGUGAAUCCGUAUGGAGAUGGCUCAUCAUCAUCAUCUGAAUCACAGUCUCAAUUCGGUACGGCUCGUGCAUAUCCAGAGUGGAGUGAGUUUUACUCGCAGACCAACAACGAAGAGACAGAAGAAGAUGAGUUCAUGUCUCCUGCUUUUAGAGAAUGUGAUUUCUUCAUCUGCCCUGCUACUACUACAACACAGGAUAAGUUCAUCACUGAUAACCAGUUCGAGGACAAGCUUGGUGUCUACGAUAAAUCAUCAGAAGGAUCUCAAACCGAAACAAGUCUUGAUUACUUAGAUAAGACUUUUCUUGUUAACACUGUUGAGGAUGACUACAUUGGUUUGCAAUUGGAUGAUAAAACCGCUCAACUCGAAGAAGAAGAAGAAGAUGCAAAAGACAAUGAUGAUUUGAAGACCGGUGAUCAAGUGAAUGUAACAGAUGAAGAAGUUAAUGUUGUUCAUGACCUUGACGAAGAUGAGUAUGAAGUGUUUGAUCUUAGAAUCAUUCACUGGAAAAAUAGGACGGGGUUCGAAGAGAACAAGGAUCUACCAAUUGUGCUGAACUCAGUGAUUGGAGGAAGAUACUACAUUACAGAAUACAUUGGCUCAGCUGCAUUUAGCAAGGUGGUUCAGGCUCAAGAUCUACACAACGGUGUCGAUGUUUGCCUCAAGAUUAUCAAGAACGACAAAGAUUUCUUCGACCAGAGUUUAGACGAGAUCAAACUCCUAAAGCAUGUUAAUAAGCAUGAUCCUGCUGAUGAGCAUCACAUCUUGCGCCUCUAUGAUUACUUCUACCACCAAGAGCAUCUGUUUAUCGUCUGUGAACUACUCAGAGCAAAUUUAUACGAGUUUCAAAAGUUCAACCAAGAGUCCGGAGGAGAACCAUACUUCAACUUAAGAAGACUUCAGGUUAUAACGCGACAGUGUCUGGAUGCUCUUGUGUUCCUUCAUGGACUAGGAAUCAUACACUGUGAUCUCAAACCAGAGAAUAUACUUAUAAAGAGUUACAAAAAAUGCGAGGUGAAAAUCAUUGAUCUUGGAAGCAGUUGUUUCCGCUCUGAUAGCUUGUCAUUGUAUGUACAAUCACGUUCCUAUAGAGCUCCUGAAGUGAUUCUUGGACUUCCAUAUGAUGAGAAGAUUGAUUUGUGGUCUCUUGGGUGUAUUUUAGCAGAGCUUUGCUCUGGUGAGGUUCUCUUUCCGAAUGAAGCAGUAGGGAUGAUAUUGGCUCGGAUUGUUGGGGUUUUAGGUCCUAUAGAAACGGAGAUGCUAGAGAAAGGUCAAGAGACGGAUAAAUACUUCACCAAAGAGUUUGAUCUUUACCACCUAAACGAGGAGAGCAAUGAGGUUGAGUAUAUAAUCACAGAAGAAUCUUGCUUGGAAGAUCAGUUACAUGUUAGUGAUGAACUGUUCUUAGAUUUUGUGAGAAGUCUACUUGAGAUCAAUCCAUUGAGACGUCCAACAGCUCUUGAGGCACUUGACCACCCUUGGCUCUCUUCUUCUUCUUACAACUGAUUUUUGAGUUUUUUUAUUGGCUUCUUUGUGUUGCCUUGUUCUGUCUGAUUCUUUGUUUCUGUUCUGUUUUUCUUUCUUGAUCUUGAUUGUGUUUUUGUUUUGUAAUUGUGAGAUUAUUUGUGUAUAGAACUGUUUACAUUAAUUUCACAUUGUAAAUAAAAGAUUUUAUUUGGUUGGUC